AUGCAAUCAGCCAACCUGGCAACCCAGGACUCUGGACAGCUGAAGAACCAUUUUAGUUUCAACAUAGUACCUUUAUUUCACACCUCCCUACCUACCCCUCAUACCUCCACCCCCAACCAUCACACCUCCCUACCUAUCCCUUAUACCUCCACCCCCAACCAUCACACCUCCCUACCUACCCCUUAUACCUCCACCCCCAACCAUCACAUCUCCCUACCUAUCCCUUAUACCUCCACCCCCAACCAUCACACCUCCCUACCUACCCCCUAUACCUCCACCCCCAACCACCUCCCUACCAUCCCCCCCACCCAUCACCCUCCCUAUACCCCCUAUACCUCCACCCCCAACCAUCACACCUCCCUACCUACCCCUUAUACCUCCACCCCCAACCAUCCAACCUACCCCCGAACUACCCCUAUAUACCUCCACCCCCAACCAUCACACCUCCCUACCUACCCCUUAUACCUCCACCCCCAACCAUCACACCUCCCUACCUACCCCCCUACACCUCCACCCCCAACCAUCAUAUCUCCCUACCUACCCCUUAUACAUCCACCCCCAACCAUCACAUCUCCCUACCUACCCCCUACACCUCCACCCCCAACCAUCAUAUCUCCCUACCUACCCCUUAUACCUCCACCCCCAACCAUCACACCUCCCUACCUACCCCCUACACCUCCACCCCCAACCAUCAUAUCUCCCUACCUACCCCUUAUACAUCCACCCCCAACCAUCACACCUCCCUACCUACCCCCUAUACCUCCACCCCCAACCAUCACACCUUAUUACCUACACCUUAUACCUCCACCCCCAUCCAUCACACCUACCUACCCCUAUACCUCCACCCCCAACCAUCACACCUCCCUACCUACCCCUUAUGCCUCCACCCCCAACCAUCACACCUCCCUACCUACCCCUUAUGCCUUCACCCCUAACCAUCACACCUACCUACCCCUAUACCUCCACCCCAACCAUCACACCUACCUACCCCAUACACCUCCACCCCAACCAUCACACCUCAUUACCUACCCCCUACACCUCCAUCCCCAACCAUCACACCUCCCUACCUACCCCUUAUAUCUCCACCCCCAACCAUCACACCUCCCUACCUACCCCCUACACCUCCACCCCCAACCAUCACACCCCCUACCUACCCCUUAUACCUCCACCCCCAACCAUCACACCUCCCUACCUACCCCCUACACCUCCAACCCCAACCAUCACACCUCCCUACCUACCCCCUAUACCUCCACCCCCAACCAUCACACCUACCUACCCCAUAUACCUCCGCCCCCAACCAUCACACCUCAUUACCUACCCCCUACACCUCCACCCCCAACCAUCACACCUCCCUACCUACCCCUAUACCUCCAUCCCCAACCAUCACACCUCCCUACCUACCCCUAUACCUCCACCCCCAAACAUCACACCUACCUACCCCAUAUUCCUCCACCCCCAACCAUCACACCUCCCUACCUACCCCUAUACCUCCACCCCCAACCAUCACACCUACCUACCCCAUAUACCUCCACCCCCAACCAUCACACCUCCCUACCUACCCCUUAUACCUCCACCCCCAACCAUCACACCUCCCUACCUACCCCCUACACCUCCAACCCCAACCAUCACACCUCCCUACCUACCCCUAUACCUCCACCGCCAACCAUCACACCUACCUACCCCAUAUUCCUCCACCCCCAACCAUCACACCUCCCUACCUACCCCUAUACCUCCACCCCCAACCAUCACACCUACCUACCCCAUAUACCUCCACCCCCAACCAUCACACCUCCCUACCUACCCCUUAUACCUCCACCCUCAACCAUCACACCUACCUACCCCAUAUACCUCCACCCCCAACCAUCACACCUCCCUACCUAG